UCCAGUCAGUCACGUCACAUCGCUAGUGUGGGUGUGUUGCGUUGCGUGCGUGCGUCCGUGAAUGUGAAUGCAUGCUAUUAUUCAUGUUUGUGUGUAUUUCUGACGCCGCUUGUGAGUUGUCAUUCCUCUAAUUUUGGAUUUUAUCACUAAAACUCUUCAAACUGUCGUCUCAAGGCCGGCAGGAUGCUAAAGUUCAUCCGAGGGAAGGGCCAGCAGCCCUCCGCCGAGAGACAGAAGCUUCAAAAUGAACUGUUCGCUUUCCGCAAGACAGUACAACACGGCUUCCCACACAGAGCGUCCGCACUGGCAUGGGACCCUCUCCUGCGGCUCGCGGCCCUCGGCACCGCCAGCGGCGCCCUAAAGGUGUACGGGCGGCCCGGCGUGGAGCUGUAUGGACAGCACACAAACCCCGAAGCCGCCGUCAUCGCCAUACAUUUCAUACCCGGCACUGGCCGCUUAAUAUCCUUAUGCGACGACAAUAGCCUCCACUUGUGGGAGAUCACAGAGAAAUCCCUAGUGGAGCUAAAGUCCCACCUGCUGGAAGGCAAGAACAAGAAAGUCUCGGCGUUAUGCGUCGAGUCUUCAGGCAAGAACGUCCUACUUGGAACAGAGGGCGGCAACAUUUAUAUGAUGGACUUGAACACAUUCGCCAUCAACGAAGAUGUUAUAUAUCAAGAGGUUGUUAUGCAAAACUGUCCAGAAGACUUCAAAGUGAACCCAGGCGCAGUGGAAGCCGUUUGCGAACACCCAAAGACGCCUGCUCGCAUUCUUAUCGGCUACAGCAGAGGGCUGGUGGUGCUGUGGGACAGAGCCAACUCUGCACCCACACAUACUUUCGUCUCCAACCAGCAGCUUGAAAGCUUGUGUUGGAAUGAUGACGGUGACCACUUCACAUCAUCCCACAACGACGGCUCAUACGUCACGUGGGAGGUCGGCGGCGGCGCCAGCGACCGACCACUAAAAGAGCCCGUCACGCCCUACGGCCCCUACCCCUGCAAAGCCAUCACCAAGAUACUCAACAGGACUAGCGUUACUGGUGAAGAGAUCACUAUUUAUGCCGGCGGUAUGCCCAGAGCGUCAUAUUCAGACAAAUACACGGUCACAGUACAGCAAGGCGAAAAACACGUCGCAUUCGAUUUUACUAGCCGGGUAAUAGACUUGUUCACAACGUCGGCGGUGCCGCCCGACGGCGCGCCGCUACAAGAGGAGCGGCCCGACACUCCCGCGCAGCUGUUCGCGCAGACCGUCAACCAGGUUGCCGCUGCCUUGGUGGUGCUAGCAGAAGAAGAGCUGGUGGUCAUCGACUUAUGCGACUCCCGUUGGCGGCCAUUACGGCUACCGUACCUCGUGUCCAUCCACGCGUCCGCCGUAACGACAGCACAACUAGUCGACAACGUCGCUUCCAACGUGUACGACAACAUCGUGGCGGCCGGGCAACAGCAAACCGAGAACAUAUACUCUCCCGGCGCGUGGCCCAUCUCGGGCGGCGUGCUGUCCGGCGCCGCCGCGCCCGCCGAGCGGCAGCUGCUGCUCACCGGCCACGAGGACGGCUCCGUGCGCUUCUGGGACGUCACCGGCGUCGCCAUGACGCCGCUCUACAAAUACACCACCGCUCAGCUUUUCAGCGGGCUGAAAAGAUCGUCUCCGAGCGGUGAAGAAAUCGGUGAAACUAACGACAGUCAAACAGACGAGGAAGAAUGGCCGCCCUUCAAGAGAGUGGGCACGUUCGACCCGUACAGCGACGACCCGCGGCUGGCUGUCAAACGGGUGAUCCUUUGUCCAUUGUCGGGCAUGUUGACGAUAGGUGGCGCUGCGGGACACGUCGUCAUCGCCGGCUUGAAGAACUCCUCCAACACCGCCGAAGUUAAGUCGGUGGCAGUAAACAUCGUGUCGGAUCGCGACGGGUUCGUGUGGAAGGGCCACGAUCAGCUCACUCUACGCGCCGGCACACUCACAUUCUCGCAGGGUUACCAGGCGACGUCGGUGGCGCAGCUGUCCCCGCCGGCCGCGGUGACGGCGCUGGCGGCGCAGUGGGAGUGGGGCGUGGUGUGCGCGGGCACGGCGCACGGGCUGUGCGCGCUCGACGCCAUACAGGCGCGCUCGCUCGCCGUCAAGUGCACGCUCAACCCGCACGACCACUCCGGCGCAGGCGACACGCCCAUCUCCCGCCGCAAGUCAUUCAAGAAGUCGCUGCGGGAGUCCUUCCGGCGACUCCGCAAGGGCCGCUCCCAGCGCCGCGCCACCACCGCCCCCAGCCCCACCUCGCCCGCGCAGCCAAUCAAAAAACCGUUACCAUCACCAGUAGAAGAAGCAGACGUGAAACCAGUGGAGCGGGCAGUCGAAGCGAGAUCCAACGACGACGGUUUCGGUUCCAUGGUGCGGUGUCUAUACUUCGCACGGACGUUCCUAAUCAACACACAAAGCUCAACACCCACACUCUGGGCCGGCACCAACAACGGCACCGUGUACGCGUUUACACUAAGCAUCCCCAACACCAACAAGAGGAAAGAUGAACAGGUCACGUGCACGCUGGCGAAAGAGAUCCAGCUCAAACAUCGCGCGCCCGUCAUAGGCAUCACGGUACUCGACGGAGCUGCCGUACCGCUGCCAGAUCCUUUAGAGGUGGAGCGAGGCGUGGCAUCGUUGCCGGAGCCGGGCACGCACCGCGUGUGCAUCACGUCGGAGGAACAGUUCAAGGUGUUCACGCUGCCGUCGCUCAAGCCCCAUCACAAGUACAAGCUUACGGCGCACGAGGGCGCUAGGGUCCGGCGGACGGCGUUCGCGUGGUUCGAGUGCGCCGGGGCGGGCGGGGGUGGUGGCGGGGGCGGUGGUGGGGGCGGGGGCGGGGGUGGGGCGGCGCACCGCGAGUGGUGCCUGCUGUGCCUCACCAACCUCGGCGACUGCCUGGUGCUCAGCCCCGAGCUGCGCCGCCAGCUCAACGCCGCCGCGGUCCGCAAGGAGGACAUCAACGGCAUUUCCAGCCUGUGCUUUUCGAAGCGAGGCGAGGCUCUCUACCUGCACUCGUCGUCGGAGCUGCAACGGAUCACACUCUCCGCCACAAAGGUGACGAUAGCGCAGUGCCAAGUGUUGCUGGCGCCCUGGGCGGUGGAGCUGCGGGGGCCGGCCGAGGAGGCGCCGCUGACUAACGGAGAGCACAAGGAGGAGGCAGUAGAAGCGCCUCACGACGUGACGGCCGCGUCGGCCGACAUCACCGUGGACUCCGUGCGCGACCACACCGCGCAACCCGAGCCUGAGCUCAACAUUAACCUGCAGAACUCGCAAGUAAACACCAGUUCGAUGGUGGUGAAGACCACGACGCGGACGGCGGUUAACGAAAACAACGCGGAAAACAACGGCACCGCCACCACCACCACCGUCACCGAGAACAUCCUAGAACACAAUCGCGAGGAAGGAGUCAUCACCCGUAUCGAGACGGGCACCGUGACGGUCCCGGCCGGGACUGACCCCAAACUCAUCCUGGAGAUGUUCGACCGCCAGCGCGAGCCGCUCGCCGUGCCCGUCGCGCCCGCCGGCGCCACAGCCACACCACACACCAACUAACUGCAAACAUCGAUCAACUAAAUACCGAUAUCGAUAAAAAUAUAAUCGAGUCCAACCCUAGCGCUUACAAGUUAGGCGGAUACCGGCCGUGUGGAUCGUUGCUUGUUCGUCAGACGAUUCAAUUCGUAUUCAGGGUCGAUGUUUUAUUGAAAUGGUGGGAGAGAAUAUUAAUUAAUCGAGUUAAUCUAAACGGUAACUGCGGGUUUUAAAGGAAAACGUGUUAAGACCCGUCGUUAUAAUUUGAUCUUUUGUAAUAUAACCGAACCACUUUCAACAAGUGGAAAGUGUAAGUAGACUUUAUUGCAUUGAAAUAAUAUCUACAAUUAUCAGUGUAUUUAAUUAUUUAUAUGACGGG